AUGGACAAACUGGACCUAGUAAAAGGACAGGUCAUACUUUUGGAGCUGGAAGAUGAAUGCGUCAUCGGAGAAGUACUGCACAUUGGCGGCAAGAAAACGUUUGUCCGCAUGAAGAACGUGCGGGACUUCCAGAGCAAUGUUCCAAUAGCCGGUAACCAGGAUUUUUACAGCUCCGAGAUUCGCAACAUCAAAAUUAUUCAGGAUGUUGAACCUGGUGAAUCCGAAAGUCUUGAACCAAGGGCAGAAUCGGGCCUUUCUAGCAAAGCGACUGUCGAAUCUACCACACGGAUCAACCUGGAGGAUAUCCAGGAGACUUACGACCGAAUCGACAAUCAUGUUUUCAUAUUUCAAACCGACAUUAAGUACCACGACGCCAUCAAAUACCUUCGGACGCAACGAUUGAUAGCCCUCGGUAUGGAGGAGGUUGGCGCUGGGCGACAUUCAACGGCACCGUCCCUAUUGUCGAUUGCCACCCCGGAUCGCAUCUAUCUGUUCGAUGUGAUGUGGAUGAACGUUCCGAAGGAUUUGCGAGCGAUAUUGGGUGAUCCGAAGGUUCGGCGCGUUGCUCACAAUGCCAGACUGGUGGAGGACGUACUGAGGCACCGAUUUCAGGCGCCACUAGGGAAGUGUUUCGACACGCUGGUUGCUCACAUUUCAACAACAAAUGACUAUGAUGAUCAACGCGAGGUUUCCAUUCAGGAGUGUCUAGCAAAGUACUUAAAUUUACCAAGCAAUUUCUUUGACAGUAACAUCAGAUACAAUAGUCGACCACUGAACGAAACGCAGCGCAAGGCUGCAGCCAAGAACGUCGCCUUCCUGUUGGUCCUCCAGGACUACUUACUGCACGAGAUCAUGCUGGAACCGUUCUAUCGCAGUUGUCGCCACUACGGUAGCAGCUUGGCCGGCGAUUCGGAGCACCUGGCGAGCGUGAUGAAGCUUUCCAAGGGACGCAAUGAUGAUUUGAACGACAUCGAACGCUUUCGGUUGAACAUACGGGAAAAGAACGAUGAUAAUGAUGACGUCAAUGAUUGAUCAAGUGCGGUCUCGUGUUGUGCUCAGAUCACGGAAUAAAUGACAUGUAUGUUCCAAGCAUAAAAAUAGCAAAACAACAUGCUAUAUGUCAAAAGUCUGAAUGUUUUAGAGCUAGUUUUGUGAAAUAUGUACCUCACGAAGGCUUAGUCCAUACUAAUUAGUGUGAUUGAAAAAAAAAUGAUCAUUCACUUUCGGUUUGAAAAGUUCUUAUUGAUUCGGUGCAACAAUAUCCAAAAAAUUGGGGAUAAGUCACAGACAACCAGAUUAAAACUAUUCAAUAAUUCGUUCAAAUAUUUGGUUUUCGCCAAAAAUUAAAAUCAAGCUAAUUUAAAGUAAUUAACCUUACUCCAAGUAAGGAUCGUUUUCAAAUAAUUUAUUACUGUUCACUUUCAAAUCAUCUCUGCGUUGUCUGUGGUUUGAAGUUGAACCAUUUUUUAUCAGUUUGUCAUUUUAUUCGCUAUAAAAAAUUGUUUGUAAGCUAAUGUUCGAAGGAAAAAUCAUUUGUAAUAAUCGAA